AUGUUACUUAAAAUGGCCAAAUACAAUCUCAAUGCUAUCUAUACGAUCAUUACGAUAAACGAUGAACAAAAUUCAUCAAUAUAUGUUAUUGGAGUCGGUCAAGGUAGUCUUGGUCUUGCUCAACCUGAAUCCUAUGCAAAUGAAAAUGCUUUGACAAAAAGUUAUCAACAAUGGAUGAAAGAUUUAGCUAUGACAAUGACCAACGUAACAUCGAUGAUUGAUGAUGAUGUUACUUCGAUAUUCGAAUUGGAAAAGAAAAUUGCCGAGUUCUCUUGGACAAUAGCCGAACAAAUUGCUCGUCAAAAAGAUAAUGUUCGAACAACAGUCAGCAAUCUCUCAAACACUAUUAACAGCAGUAUUGAUUUUAGCAAUUAUCUUCGUCGUGUCUAUCAAUCGGUCAAUGUCACUUUGAACGAUACAGAACGUGUCAUUGUUGGUGAACUUGAAUAUUUAAAAAAUGUUUCGAAUGUAAUUAGUCAAUAUUCAUCGCGAACUUUACAAAAUUAUUUUAUUUGGCGUUUUAUGAUGACAUUAAUUGACUAUAUGCCGAAACGUUUUCGAACAACAAAGCAACAAUUUACUCAAACACUCGAUGGAUCUGCUAGCGAAGAGAAACGAACUCUGACUUGUAGUUCAAAUGUUAACUCUCUCAUGGGUUUUGCUCUAUCGAGACUCUAUAUUCGCAAAUAUUUUGAUGAAAAUGCCCGUAAUGAGUCAUUAAUUAUGAUUGAAAAUAUUCGAAAUACAUUUAUCGAAAUGAUCAAUCAAUCGAAUUGGAUGGAUUCAGUUUCGAAAACAAAAGCCAUGGCAAAGGCUCGAGCAAUUGUCGAAAAUGUUAGUUAUCCGGACUAUGUGGCCAGUGAUAAUGUUACAAAACUCGAAAAAGACUAUGCUGAUUACAAAUUCAAUUCAUCUUAUAUUCUAAAUGGUUUAAAGAUUGCUCACUUAGCAGCUAAAGACAAUUAUCGUCUUCUUCGUCAAUCUGUCGAUCGUCAAACAUGGACUUUUCCGCCGACUAAAAUCGAGGCAGCUUAUAAUCCAUCUUUAAAUUCCAUAUGUAUCGGAAGCACCAUGGGACAUGAAAUAACACAUGGAUUCGAUAUAAUGGGUCGACAAUAUGAUCAAAAUGGAAAUAUAGUACCUUGGUGGGCAAAUGAAACAAUCGAUGCUUAUAAUAAACAGACCGAAUGUUUUAUUCAACAAUACAGUAAUUAUACAGUGCCGAGUGUCAAUCGUCAGGUUUUUCUUUUUCGUUGUAUUUGA